AUGCCGAACAAUAGUUCUGCUGCUGCCACGCCACCCAUUCUCAUCGUGAAUGAUAUUAAAAAGACCCUAAUGAUGGCCAUCACCCACGAUGAACAGCAGCAACACUGGAUGGCACUAGCCAAUUAUUUAAAGUAUAUGGAGCAAAUAUCGAGUUUUGUUCAGGCAGAAAUGAAGACUUGUUCUACUAAUCAACAACAUGUAUUAUCCGAUCAAUCGAUACAAUUAAUCAAAUAUUCGGAACAGUCUAUGGAGAGAAUUGCUUCACUUUCUGCAAUGUUUAAUAAGGAAUCGACACAUAAUUCAAUCAAUAAUAAUAGUACUACUACUUCUACUACUACUGCUACAACUACAACUGCUAAUACUUCUCCAUCAUCGAGUUUUAAUUCAAAUAAUAGCAAAACAUCCUCUUCUCCUCCUUCAUCGACAUCAUCAACCAAUAAUAUUCCAACAAAGAAACCUCCUACCAUUUCUCCUACAAAUUCUGGAUCCAAAUUACCAAAUCAUUCAUUGGCACAUGCUAGCAAACCUCUAUUUCCACAAAGCAAUGCAUCAACGACAGUUCCACCACCAACUACUAGUGUUACAUCACCAUCAUCAGGUACUUCUCAUACUUCUCCAAAUACUCCAUCUUCUAGUGGUGCAAAUCAAACUGCCACAAAUCACACAACCAAGCAAGACGUUAGUAAAACUCUACAAAUGAAAAGAAAGGAAUAUGAAAAACAAAGGUUAACAGAAAUGAAAGAACAAAUGAUAAAAACAAGCAUAGAAAGAGCUAGACAAGCAGAAAUGAGAAAUAAUGUUGAGUCCUUCUUGGAACGAAUUCAGAAUAAGAAACGUACAUUUAGAUGGAAGGAACAGGAUCAUUGGUCGAAAUUCAUUGAUACCUACUUUAAUUAUCAAAAUAUGGAUCCAAUACUGAUAGAACAGGACAGAGUUUUUCUGGAAACAGUUUCCAAGCCAUCAAUAUUAAAUCCAAUCUUGUCUGUCUCUGCUGGAAAUGAUAUGGCUGAUAUGCCAGUCGAUUCUAUAACCGAACAAAAAAUUAGACAACACGUUUCAUUCACAUUGGCUAAUCCGGCACACACUUUAAGCCAAAUUUGCCUUAAAUUCUAUGAAUAUUUUGGAGAGGUGUGUAAUCCUUCCAAAAUGAUUCACAAUCCAGAUUUGAAUCCAAAACAAUUAAUUUCUAAAUGUGUGAAUGAUAUUCAAUUAUUUAUUGACAAAUUGAGUAUGGUACUUUUUGGAAAGUAUUGGGAAAUGCCUUCACAAAAUUAUGAAGAUAUAGUUAUUGAUACCAUUACGGAUACCAUGUGGGGAAAUGGAAUCUAUUCCAAGUUGUUAUUCUUAUAUUUACUUGUUUAUGGAGAAGAAAAUAAUAGAAUGAACGAUAAGGUUUCAAAAUGUACCUCAACAAUAACACUCCAAGCACUCAAGCUUCCUGAUAAGUUUACUUUGGAGAAGGAGAGGUAUCCUUUCGAAAGAACCAUUGCAAUUUUCAAAGAAUUCGAUCAAACCACAUCCUUUACCAAGAAGGUUGACUUUAUUUGUUUAGCUAUGAAUCAAGUUUCAAAAGACGUCAAUGACUAUUAUCAAAAGUAUGGAUAUGAGCAUGGAAUUACACCACCAAUAAUUGUUGGUGCUGAUGAUUUGCUUCCAAUUUUCAUUUACGUUGUUGCCAAGUCGAAUAUUAUGGAUUUGUUUGUCAAAUUCCAAAUGAUGAGUGAACUUUUACCUGAAUACGCAAUUAAGGGAGAGGCAGGAUAUGCUCUUGCCACUUUGGAAACUUCAAUGAAUUGUUUAAUGUCGUUCGGAAAUGAAGAACUUCAUGAAUUUUCAACUAUAGAUCAAAUAAGAAACGAGCUCGAAAACUUUGAAUCAAAAUUGGGAGAUAUUGAUGACCUUACCUCUGUUUGUUCGGAAUAUGCUGAAGAUUCACCUCCAUUCACAUCUCAACCUCCCUCUUUCUCCAAAUCUUCAAGACCACCAUUCCAACAACAUGUAACUCCUUCCAAUGACGAUUUACUUGGACUGGAUGAUGAAGAACUUGAUCUGGAUGAUAUUUAA